AUGGACCCCAUUCACACGAUCCGGAUCGCCAGUGAGCCCAGGAUACCAAUUCCACUCACGGAUGCCACCAUCGCGAGAGACCGCCUCCCCUCACGACUCCAAGCCUGGGCAGACUCCUCCAAGAGCCCGUUGCCCACGCUCGCCAACUUCCCCAGGCCAAGACUUAAUGGGGCACUCUACCCAGGGGACUACCCGAGCAGCAUUGAGCCUGGAUACAUGACCGGCGAGCAGCUAUUCGCCAUGGACACCUCGCCACAGACGAGACACCAGGCUCUACCGCAUCACCGAAACUCCAGGCCCAGGUUGCGGAGAAGCAGGCGCAGCGCGGACCAUAGUGCUCUCCUUGCAAUUGGAUCGUGGAGCAGCCCGGACAUUCAUCUCGGAGACCAUUAUGGAGAUCGUAGCGCACCAUCCAGGAACAAGAGUGACUUUGCCAGCCGUCAGGAGGACGAAUCGUACGAACACGCAUCAUACGAUGACUUCAUCCUCUUCCCCGACGAGAUUCCGACCGACACCCACGAGGACGUCUCCGCCUACACCGAACAGCCGUCAGCGCCCCUGGCCCCCCGCAUCCCCAGGCUUCGCACGCCCGACCUCGCACCACUGUCGACAGACGUGCAAUUCUUCCCCUGCCAUGGCGACGAGGCCGAGGAGGACCGCAUCAACGAGGCGUGGUACCUCGCCGGUCGUGAGAGGGUCCACUCUCAAAUGGACGAGGCCAUGGCUUACAUGUCGAUUGUCGAGGGGCGCCGGCGUACGCUGAAAAACUGA